AUGGGCCAGAUGGACAAGGUUGAGAGCGACACGAGCUCCACUGACUCGAAUAAUGCUUCGGGUACCAAGGCCUUCCCGUUGGCCACAGUAGAAGAGCCAGUGAUCUUCGACACAACAGGCAAGACUCGAGAGACUGCAUUCGAUACACAGUCAUUCGAAAGCUACUAUAAGCCUAUUGAGAGCUAUGAAGGAUAUCACAGAUGGGAUCCAAAGUUCCAAUGGGAGGCCAAGGAAGAGAAGAAGCUUGUCAGAAAGAUCGACUUGCGUAUCUGUUCCUGGGUCUGCUUCAUGUUCUUUGCGCUUCAACUCGAUCGAGGCAACAUCUCACAAGCACUUUCUGACAACAUGCUCACGGACAUUGGAAUAAACACAAACGACUAUAACACUGGUCAGACCAUCUUCUAUCUCUGCUUCUUGUUUGCAGAGCUCCCAAGUCAAAUGCUGGGAAAGAAGAUUGGCCCUGACCGAUGGGUGCCCAUUCAGAUGGUCCUAUGGUCUCUGGUCGCUGCUUGCCAGGCUUUUAUCAACGGCCGUUCGUCCUUCUGGGCUUGCAGAGCACUGCUUGGUCUGCUCGAAGGAGGUUUCAUCCCCGACAACAUCUUGUAUCUGUCCUACUGGUACAAGACGCGCGAGCUUCCCAUCAGACUGUGCUACUUCUGGUUCUCAUAUCAGUUCACUAGCAUUGUAUCCGCCUUCCUUGCCUUUGGUUUCCUCCACAUGCGUGGCCUCAACGGUAUCGCCGGAUGGCGAUGGCUGUUCGCUCUGGAAGGCUGUCUUACUGGUAUAAUCGGUGUUAUCUCCUGGUUCUACAUUCCGCCUUCGCCCACACAAACUGCCUCCAAGUUCCGUGGUAAAGACGGCUGGUUUAACGAAAGAGAAGAGAAGAUUAUGGUCAACAGAGUGUUGAGAGAUGACCCAAGCAAGGGUGAUAUGCACAACAGACAAGCUCUUUCUCUAGGCAUGUUCUGGAAGUGUCUCAAGGACUAUCACAUGUGGCCCAUCUAUCUCCUCGGAUUGACUUGGAUGAUGCCUGCCAACCCCAUGACUUCAUACCUCACGCUCAAUCUUAAGAGCGCUGGCUUCUCGACUUUCCAGGUCAACCUUCUCUGCAUUCCGGCUUAUUGCUUCUUCAUCAUCAAUUUACUCUGGUUGUCAUAUCUGUCGGAGAAGAUCAAUGAUCGAUUCCUCAUCGGCACCGUUUCUCAGAUCUUCGUCUUGCCUUGCUUAAUUGCGUUAGAGGUAUUACCGACUGGAAGAAGUCAUUGGGCUACUUGGAUCCUGAGUUGCUUGGUAUAUGCACAACCGUACAUUCAUCCGGUCAUUGUGGCCGUGACGAGCAGAAAUGGUGGUAGUGUUCGUACGCGAGCAGUGGCGACAGCGUUGUACAACAUGUUUGUGCAGGCUUCUUCCAUCAUCUCAUCCAACAUUUACCGUGAGCAAGACAAGCCAUACUACUUCUUUGGCAACAAAGUUCUUAUCGGAAUUGUCUGCUGGAAUAUCUGCGCCUUUGUUGGAUGCAAAGUCUUUUAUGUGACGGUCAACAAACGUCGUGAUGAGAAAUGGAAUGCUAUGAACAAGGAGCAAAAGGAACAUUACCUUGCGACUACGACUGAUGAGGGCAACAAGCGUUUGGAUUUUAGAUUCACCCAUUAG